AUGGCCGAACACUCAACCCGCUUGGAGAUUUCCGAGUCGGCUGGAAGCCUCAGAUUGUCGCGUGAGCUGAUCGACAUGAUCAUCUCUCAAUGCGCCCCGAACCUAGAUCCUUCUAUUUUCACAGUUGCGAAGGGCAACUACUAUAUCGAAGAGCUCCUUCCUUUCCACCCCCAGAAAGGGUGGAAAAGAGCGGGUGCGGACUUACGCUGGUUCUUGAGUUUGCGCUUGGUUAACAGAAAGUUUGAUACCAGCGUCCUUAGAAGGUUGACUCAUCUCCUUCGCACCCACCUUGAAGCUGCGGCCACCUAUGCUGCAGCUCCGGAAUUCACGGACGAUACUGGCCUCCCACAGACGCUGUUUGAAUGGUUUCCACCGAGCCCUUCGACGUUGGCACUUGCCGUGAGACUGCUGGAUGUGUCUCUCAAACCGUCUAAGGCUGCCGUGUCGGCAAGUGCUUAUGUGACCAAGGUGGUGGAAACACCUGUCAGAUUAUUUUCACGAUCCGCGGAGGAAGCAGUUGACGGGAAGAACAUUGGCAUCGACAGAGGUGACUUUAGAGCUCCCUAUCGCGAAGGGCUACUCGCUAUAUUGGCGGCAAUCCUUCCAACAGAACAGAUAUUCCAACUUAUCACCGGAAAAGGAGACGAGAAGAAGGGCGAUGACGACUUUGGACUACCAGACUCGCUAAACGGCGCCCUAAUGACUGCCGCUUAUCUUGGCCGCUUGGAUCACAUCAAGUUGCUACUGGACCUCGGGCUUGCCGUGCACCUCAGCUGGGGGCCAUCUCUCUUAGCGGCGGCUUUGGGCGGACAUCUGGAUGUCCUAGAGUUCCUAAAGGAUAAAGAUGUUGAUCUUAAUGCACGCCACGGCCCGCUCCAGUACUCGGCACUGCAUUUUGCAGCAAUAGGGGGCCACGUAAAUGCCAUUGAGUUCUUGAUUAAUCAUGGAGUUAAUCCUGAUGUUGCAAACUCCACUAAGCAGAAGGCUCCGGACUUUGCAGCAGCGGGAGGCCAUUUGAACGCUGUGAAGUGCUUGCUUCACAACAAGCGUGCCGGCCAAGCUACCCGGUACUGGUACUCCGAAAACCGCUUGUCCAUAGAUUGGGCCAUCCGGAGAGGACACGAUAAAGUCGUGGAGAAGAUUAUCCAGCAUACGCGCAUGGGUACGAACCUCUUAUACUUGUGGGAAUACUUUGGUGGCCGCAGACAAUACAGUCCCUUUGCUGCCACAGCACUUUACGGACAAGGAAGAAUCUUUCACCUGCUCAAGAAUGCUUACCGGAUGUUUGAACGAUUGGAGGACACCAAUGAACUCUUUAAGCUAGCUCUGGAAGGCGGAAACGCUAGCAUUUGGCGAGGUUGGGGCUAUGACCUGCCGUUCAUAUUGGCCACUGCCCAUGGGCACGAGAGUCUGACAAGAUAUUUACUUGGUCAUAGAGAUGAGACGGCAGGUAAUAGAGAUGAGACGACAGUGAACUAUUUCUGGGAGGGCAAUGACACUCCCCUUCUUCUCGCGAUCAGGAGCGGUGAUCUCGGCACUGUCAAAGCGCUACUUGAAUAUCCUGCCAUCGAUGUCAAUUACCCAUCAGGAGAUCAUGAUUACGGUGCACACCCUUUGCACUUCGCUGUCAGCGAGCAUUGCAGAAACCCCGAGAUUGUGAGAGCCCUGCUUGGCCAUCGCAACAUCAACCCUAAUCCUACCAACGAGGAAGGAAGAACGCCUCUGGGAGAGUUAUUGGCGGCUAUGCGCAACGGCGAUUUCAAACCCAACUACGCAACUCUGAUCGAACUGGUCAAGAUCUUUACUGCAGAUGAACGUGUCGAAAAGGACGUCGUCGAUCGUGAAGGGAGUUCGCCUUUACUCGAUGCCGCUGCGUCAUCCAUCCACGCCUUCAAAGAAUUACUUCCUUUUUACAGAAAAAGUCAUGUCUGGUGGCAGAACUCCGCAGGAUGGUCUACCCUGGAGCUUGCUGUGGUUUUUGGAGAGCUAGACAUUGUUGCUAUACUCCUUGAACCAAAGCUCGGCGUACCUGAGGAACUCUUGCAAUAUGUGAUCGAGCGAGCCCAAUAUUACCACGACCAAGAGGAAAACAUGAUCAAGGCUGUCAAGAUGGUUUCGGCGCGUCUGCAGGCUAUGAAGGACAGUCUUUAG